UUGGCGCUUGCGGACGCGUUUUCGCUGCGCCGCUUCUGUGUUAACUUUAACUGUUACGACGCGCGCGCGUGUGUUGUGUUUUGUGUUUUGUCCUAUUGCAUUUUCCAGCACUAACAAUUGCAAAAAGCAGAACUUUAUAUCAAAAUAAUGCUAGUUCUAUGUUAGUUUUAACCCGGAUUGCCCCCACUUCUAUUUCGUGUCGCAUUCAGCACGUGCCCUUAACCCUACACAGCCAGCGGGUGUACCUUUUCGCGGCGGGGCAUGGAGCACAACUCAGAACCGGCAGCUGAUUUGGAGGCCAGCGCCAGCAGCGAGGAGCCCCCGGCUCAGGCCACGCAAAUCACCUCAAUCGAUGGAUUCUUCAAUCGCAAACGCGGCAGACCGCCAAAGAAUCGCUUCGUGGAAGUCUAUAAAAGCGCUCAGCACUCGCCCCAAGCCAUUUUCACCAGUUUCAAGCUGGAGAAAAAUGAUCAGUCCACGGUCUGCGGCUUGGCAGCAUCCUCUACCGAUGUCGCCGAGGAGCGCCUCGCAUCCCAGCGAGCCGGUGCCGGCGCUGGUGAACCGAGUGCCACAGAUCUCACACCUAGUCGCAGCAGCAGGAAGAGAGCUCGCGCUUGGACCGUGGACCCUCACCGGAGUCUAGCGAGUGUGCGCAUCGCGAGUCCGGUCAUUGAAAAGACGACAAACACCUUAACGAGGGAUCUGCCCGAGAGUCAAUCCCCAGUUCAGUUAACGUUCAAUGCACCUUGCACACAGACACCUGCAUCCAGCAAGCGCCUGGAGCGAGUUUCCGUUGUGCGCGCAGCGGGCACCUUCUAUCCGGAGAACGCAAGCUCAGCCCAAACAGCGGAGCCGACAGAUGCCACGCCCUCCAGGUACUGCUCGCCCGGCAGCACAGACUGCACCACGGAGCAGCCGGAAGAUCUGAGCAUGCGCGCCACCCAAACGACGACGUCUUCGGCGGCGGCCGAGCCGGAGUCGGGUCUGAAGCUGCAGAUGCAGUUUAAGCAGCUGCUGGAUUUAUACCAGCGCCAGGUGCUGCUGCCCAGUUUUCUGGCCGCGGCCAGCCAGCCAGCCGGGCUGGACAUGCGUCUGCUGCUGGAGAAUGCCGCACAGCAGAAGAUGCUGCUGAUCAAUGCGGCGGCAGCUGGCGCCGUCGCUGCUGCAGCAGCCGCCGCCGCGGCAGCAACAUCCGGAGCGGCAGGCACAAGCACAGUGGAGGAGAUUGCGACCGCACCCGCGCCCAAUCCAACUCCGACGGCUGCUCGGCAGACGGGUGGGAAGCGGGCGCGGGAACAGGACAUACCCACGGGCUACCUCAAGUUCCGGUUCAACGAGGACUGCGGCUUCGAGCGCUGCGGCUAUCGGAAUCAUCAGUCCCAUUUCCACUGCAAUCGGCGGGAUUGCCACUACAGUUUCUGCGACAAGACGCGCUUCGUGCAGCACACGGCGCGCCAUGAGCGCAUGGACACCCUCAUGGGCGAUGACUUUCGCCAAUAUCGCGCCAAUAUGCGCUGCGGUGUGCCCGACUGUUGUUAUGCCACGUCCACAAGCACGCCGACGUCAGCAAGUGCGGCAGAGGAGAGCCUGGCUCCAAAGAAAUCGUCGCAUUUCCAUUGCCGUAAAUGCGAUUACGUGUGCACCGACUCCAACAAGGUGGUGGCCCAUCGUCGCCUGCACCUGCGGCUGGAGUACGUCCGUUCGGCUGGCUUCCGCAAGUUCGCCAGCAACGAGUCCUGCGAGUCGACCGCCUGCACCUAUGCGCUGCGGCACACCCAUUACCAUUGCACCACCUGUGACUGCAGCGUGCUCUCCCGCGCCCAGCUGGCCUCGCACAGGCAUCGGAUCAACCAGCCCCCAGCCGCCAGCCAAGCCGGUGGCCAGCUCUCGACUGGAUCUGGAGACGUGUCCUAAAGCCACAUGCUGAGCAGCAAUAGAAGCCAUAUAAAUCCAAAUGCAAUGUGUAAAUUAGAUCAAAUUAAAUGAAGCUAAGUGCCAAUCUAUA